AUGAAUCCACAGUCGCGCACCCAGCGGAAACCGCCCGACGUGGAGGAGGCCCUCUCAUCGAUGCUUUGGACCCCGUACGAUAACCCACUGUCGGAGUCGGACUCCUCCGACGAGUCGGACGCGCUGCACCGGCACCGACAUGGCACCGCCAACACCAGCUUCUUCGGAACUAGGCCAAACCACGACCAGCGGCGCCAGCAGCAGUCGCUGAUGCGAAGAAGUCUGUCCGCAUGGAGUUACCGCGCCAACCGCCAAACUGCGGCCAAACCACGGCUCGGGGAGGGUACGGAGCGGUUCAGCGAUCCGUACUACUGCGAUCCCGGGUCCGACAUCGGCGUAGAGUCGCUCGGUUUCGCGGCCACCGAUUGGCACUCCGGUGGCCAACGAAGUCACCCCUAUUACGGGGCGUCGGUAACGAGCGGCAGUCGAAGCUUCCACGGGCUCACGGCCCCAACAACCACGGCACUGAGCCUGAGGGCCACCGGAGAGCCCCCGUGGCCGUCCGGGGAGACCAGCGUCAGCGAGAAGCAUCAACAGUACCUUCCCCUGCAGGCUCCGUUCGUCGGCCGGUGGCAUCGAUUACCUCGGUCGGCCACGGAGGAUGCCCCGCCACAGCCCCUGUCGGCGCUCCCGUUCAGUUUGCUCGGCCUCGACCCGCUAUCCACGGGCUGGGCUGUCGCUGACAGCUACCCGGCCGAUUAUCAGCCGAAGGCUGAAGGCGACAGUGCCGAAAGUAACGGCAACAGCUGGAGCAUCAACACUCACAACAACAACCUCCAGGGUACCUGCAACAACAGUGACAACAACAACAACGUCGAUGACGACGCCGAUGGAGCAAACAAUAAUGCACCGCGGUUGAGCAUAAUUUCCGCGAUGCUUCAGCCACACCAACACCACCAACCGGCCAGCGGAGACCUACAUUUUUCAAAACAACAUAGCUCGCAACAUAGCGGAGCUCUCGCUCCCACUCCGGCCGGCUGGCUCGCUCCCUCUGGUGCCGUUGUUGCCGGCAACACCAACACCACGGUGCCGCGAUCGCCAGCGGCACACACACUCGCGGCGACGUGCACCGUGGAAGAGGAAACUCGUCGUCGCCGUACUUCGAACGGAUUGGAUGGAUUUAGUAGUGUGCGGAAAGCGGACGGCGUAACAACGUACGCCGGGGUAUCGACAAUCGGAUCGACGACGUGCAGCAGCGCCGCGUCCGGUUCGCAGGCGGUUCUUUCGGGUGGUUUUUCCGGUUCCGGUCCGGGUCUGCUCGGCGCGAUGCGUCUGAACGUUCCGGCGGCCGACCCGGUGGUGGCCGCGGCGGUCGCUUCGGCCGGGACCGAAGGGAGCAGGACCAGUGUGUACAUCCCGUCGUCGUCGUCGUCGGCUCUGACCAUCCAGGUGAACCGGGGAUCGGUCGAGCACGGCGGCGCAAACAAUCGGCCGCAGCAUGACGACGUCGUCAGCAUCGUGAGCUGCUAUCGGGCGGCGGGUGGAGUGUCAUCGCCUCCGGGUGCCGCCCCCGGGGAAACGGCAGUGACCGGUGGUGGCAGUGUAACGGUGGUCAGUGAGCGGGAGGCCGACCCGAAAGGGGCCAGUGUCAGUGGAAGCUCCCCGGUGGCGCGGGGCAGUGUGGCGAAGCAUAAGUCGUCGUUUGAGCAUACGGUGCAAGUUUCUAGUGCGGCCCAGUGCGAAGAGGGCACAGCAGUGGUGAGUGAGGGCGGGGAGCCAGAGGGGACGACCCCGCAUCGCACCUACACGUCAACCGAGGCGCAAACCGACGCCUGCGCUGCUCCCGUUCCGGUUCCGGUUCCGGUUUCGGUGCCGAUGCUGACUUCCACCGGGAUGGUCGGUGGUGGUGGUGGACCCGGUGUCCUACUACACGGACUGUCGCCCGUGUUGGUGGGGUGUAGUGCGAUGGCGGGACCCGGUGGGUCGGAGUUUAGCACUCGCGAGCAUCGGAGGAGGGAGCGCCGAGAACGGCGUCAGGCGCGGAACCGGAUGCAGCACAUUCACCCGCUCGAACCGCCGGGUGGGACCGGGCCGGGUGCUCUGCUGCAUCCGCACCGGUCCCCGCCCGCCCUCGAGAUCAUCCCGGACAUACUGCACAGCCAUCUGCCACCUCCCUACACCACGCUGCCGCUCGGGGCCACCAUGGUGCCGGCCGCCAUGAUUCCGGCGAAUGCUGCGGCGGCGGCCGCCUCGAUCCCGGUUCGGGCCUCCGACGAUUGCCGCUACACGUUCCCGAUCCCGAUCAUGCGAAGUUCGCCAUCGGAACGAUCACGCAAAGGAUGCUGCGGCCACUGGUUUGCGGGACCUCCGCUAAGGGCACUCAUAGCCGUGGUCGCGCUCGGCGGUGUGGCCUGUGCCCUGGGCGGUGCAGCCCUCGGCGCUACGGGCCUGGCCGGUUCGCCAACGUCCCAUCUAACAGCUGCCUUAUUAAUGAUAGGUGUCGGAGUGAUUCUGGUGACGGUCAGUGGCGCGGCCUGGCGGAUGACCGCCCCCGGGGCGCCUCCCUGUCUGGGGCUCGGUUCAACCGUCGAUCUGGGCCGCUGCUCGAGGAGACCCUGCGGACGGGGCGGAAGCACACCGCACGGGCUGCUGUAUCCUGAGUUCCAGCAUCGGCCACCGCCUCCUUCCUACCAGGCGAGCAUGCAGGAGUAUCGAUUAAGAUUGCUGCUCCUGGAUCGUGACCGACAGUCGGGAAGGAUGCGCAGCACGGCCUCGCCACCGCCAACCUACCGCUCGAACGUGGGCAGUCUUCUCAGAAUACCACUCAGCUCGCGGUACAACGGCAGCAGUACGAGCAUUUUCGGUGGCAUCAGUGGCAUCAUCAGCGGCGCCGUCGGAGGAUCGAGCAACAGUGUGAACCACGUCAGCGGCAGCACGCCGGAUCACCAGCAUCAGCAGCAGCAGCAUCAUCGAGUCAGCAGCUCACCGAGCGGCGGUGCCAUGGACCCUCCGAAUCCGUACGGUGUCAGCGACGGCCAUAGUACGCUUCCGCCAAGCUAUCGGUCCGUCGAGCUGCACCCCGUGGUGGAAGCACUUCAACGACAACCUCCGCCACCGCCCGUGCCGCGGAGCAGUAGUACCGGCCCGACCACCGACGGCGGCGGCGGCGGAAGUGACGAUAAUAAUGCGCACUCCAACGGAGCAUCGUCGGGUGGAUCCAUAAUUAAAAUCGAUGAUCGGGUGCCCAUCGGGGCCGUCAGUCCGUGUGCUGCGGUCGGCAGCGGCAGCCUAGACGAAGUUCCAAUCGUCACCACAACGUCCAGCACGAUGGUCAAGGAUCUGGUUACGAUUGUGACGAUCUCCGGCACAAUUGAACCGUCGGCCACCGCCACGGGUGUCAGCAAAUCCGUCUACACCACCAGCAACAGCAGCGACAGUCAUGGCGAUGGCACCGGAACCGUCUCGAGUGGGGGCGCCACGUGUACAUUAUUAAACUCCAACUCGACGCCCCUGCUGGCCACGGUCAUUCCGGUCAGCAAAGCGGCACCAACCGUCGCUUCUUCGACACCACCGACCGUCACCGGUCAGUGCUGA